AUGAAGCCGCGCGCAAAAGUGAGGGUCCCAAGGAGGGGAAUGACGGGUAAAAGUGAAAAUGACGACUUUGCCUCAGUAUGGGGUAUACUUGCUUCGUCGAUACGCGAAAUACACACAAAAAACUCCUCUCAGCUCUCAUUUGAAGAACUCUAUCGCAAUGCCUACAAGCUGGUCCUGCGCAAGCAGGCUAUGGACCUGUACGAAAAAGUGGCUGAUCUGGAGAAGGAUUGGCUAUAUAACGAAGUCCGCAAACAAGUCGCAGCCUUGAUUACCCCCGCCCUUCUUACAAUUACCGACUCUAUUGAUGCGACCGAGCACGCCAACGAAAGAAAGGCGGCCGGAGAGCGGCUAUUGACAAAGCUCAAGGAAGUCUGGGAAGACCACCAGCUCUGCAUGGGCAUGAUCACUGAUGUCUUGAUGUACAUGGACCGUGUGGUGAUGCAAGAGCUUAGGAAUCAAUCCAUAUACGAUACGUCAAUGUUUUUAUUCCGUGACUGUGUGCUGAGAGCAGAUAUUGGUGAAGAAGCGAACGCUACGAUCGGCUCCGUUUUCGAAAACACAAUGUUGUUCAUGAUACUGCUUGAACGUGAAGGUGUCAUAAUAGACCGUGCAUUAAUCAAACACUGUGUUUACCUAUUGGAUGGUCUAUAUGAAGAUGGUAUGGAAGACCCAUCCGGGAAACUAUACCAUACCACCUUCGAACCCGCGUUCCUUGAGGCGAGCCGCAAGUACUAUGCGGCAGAGGGCCAACGUCUACUUACAACCACUGAUGCGGCGACAUUUUGCAAGCGAGUUACGGGUAGGAUUAAAGCAGAGCAAUCCUUGUGUCGGCAGACUCUAUCCCCUGUGACGGAGGCUAAGGUCAUGGAAGUCAUCGAUGACUGCUUGAUCAGACACUAUAUCGGAGAAGUAAUCCGUAUGGACGACAGCGGUGUCAAGUACAUGAUUCAGAACGACCGGCUAGAAGAUCUUCGAAAUGUAUUCGAACUUAUUGCUCGCAUUGAUGCGAAGAAAGCUGCAUUGACCAGGGUUGUUCAGCAGACAGUUGUUGAAUACGGGACUGCUAUCAACAAUGCGGCUAAAGAACUUUCACAGAAUCCACCAGCUCCCUCAACAAUAGAACCAGGGAAGAAACCUUCAGCAGCAGAGGAAAAACCGCCUGUUCUAAACGUGCAGACGGCAGCAGCUAUAAAGUGGGUGGAUGAUGUUCUCAAACUUAAGGCGAAAUUUGAUCGAAUAUGGGAAGAGGCUUUUGUUAAGGACCAGGCCCUACAAACUUCUCUUACUUAUAGCUUCUCAGACUUUAUCAAUGUCAACCCUCGAGGCACUGAGUAUCUUUCCCUCUUCUUUGACGAGAAUUUGAGGAAAGGCAUCAAGGGGAAGACGGAAGAAGAGGUUGAUACCUUGAUUGAAAACGGCAUCACCCUCCUACGGUACAUUCGGGACAAGGAUCUCUUCGAAACUUACUACAAAAAACAUUUGUCUCGUCGUCUGCUUAUGAAACGGUCAGCAAGCAUGGAUGCUGAGCGCCAAAUGAUUGCAAAGAUGAAGAUGGAAGUAGGAAAUACGUUCACACAGCGGUUGGAGUCGAUGUUCAAAGACAUGGCUGUUUCUACUGAUCUCACCACCAACUAUCGGGAUUAUAUCGCACAGCAAGGUGAUCCUGAUAUUAAACGGAUCGAACUGGAGAUGAGCGUUCUCACAAGUACCAUGUGGCCUAUGGAGAUUAUGAGCAGCUACAGCAGAGACGGCCAGGUUCAGCUUCCCUGCAUCUUCCCGAAAAAUGUAGAAUCUCUCAAGCAGAGCUUCGAACGGUUCUACCUUGACAAGCACAGCGGUAGGAAACUGUGGUGGCUCCCAGGAAUGGGUACAGCGGACAUCCGCGCAACGUUCACACGGCCCAAUGGCAAGGUUGAGCGGCAUGAUCUGAACGUCUCAACGUAUGCGAUGGUCAUUCUACUUUUGUUUAACGAUAUGCCUUCCGGCGAAUCCCUCACAUUUGAAGAAAUCCAGGAAAAGACCAGAAUUCCUACCAAUGAACUCAUUCGAAACCUCCAAUCGCUUGCCGUGGCGCCGAAGACUCGAGUUCUACGUAAAGAGCCCAUGAGCAAAGGCGUGCAGCCAUCGGAUAAGUUCUCCUUCAACGAACAAUUCACAAGCAAGUUCACGAGAUUGAAGAUCGGUGUCGUCAGCGCUGGCGGUAACAAGGUAGAAAACAAAGAAGAAAGAACGGAUACUGAGAAAAAGACCAGUGAAGAGCGAGGUAACACGAUUGAAGCUGCCAUUACAACGGAAAACAUUGGCUCAUUCGCAGUGAUUACGGAGGCAAUCUCGCAGCUUGCAGCUCGUUUCACGCCAGACGUAAACAUGGUGAAGAAACGAAUUGAAAGUCUCAUCGAUCGGGAGUACCUGGAACGUAUCACCGACUCAGACCCCCCGGCUUACUCCUACGUUGCGUAG